AUGCGUCUCAGCUCGGCGCUCUCACUCCUGGCCCUGGGCUCAGUUGCUCGGGCUGCGGGCUCUCCUGAGAAUGGCCGCCUCUCUCCUCGGGAUAUCGAGAACAUAGAGAGAGCCAUCGAGGCCAGGGGCUUGGCGGAUGAUAUCUGGAACCAGAUCAAGAAUGCGGCUACUUGUUCUGCCUGUCAGGGUAUUCUUGUUCUCCUCAAGGGCCUUGCCGCCUUCGGAGACGGAGCGUUCGUUGAUGUGGCCACUGCUAUAUGCAAGCUCGCAAAUGUCGAAGACGAUGAUGUUUGCGAGGGCACCGUUGCGCUCGAGGGUCCCAUCAUUGCCAACUCCAUUCGCAACAUGGACCUCGGCUCUACGACGUCGCAGCUGUUCUGCGGCUCAUUCCUCGGACUCUGCGCUGAGCCCGCUGUUCCCCAGUGGCAGAUUCCCUUUCCCUCUCCCAAGCCACAGACUGGCCGUCCUGCGCCGAGUGGGAAGAAGUCUCUCAAGGUUGUCCAGUACUCGGACAUCCACAUUGAUCCCCUCUAUGUGACUGGAUCUACCACGAACUGCACCAAGCCCAUCUGCUGCAGGCCUUAUACGGAUGCUGACGAGCCUGGCACUUCGACCACGCCCGCCGGGCCUAAUGGGGACCACAAAUGCGACACUCCCGUCAGCUUGGAAGUGAGCAUGUAUCAGGCCAUCAAGGAGAUUGUGCCGGAUGCAGCCUUCAGCCUGUUCACGGGCGAUAUUGUUGACCAUGCCAUCUGGAACACCUCGCAGCCCUACAAUGAGAAGGAGAUUUCGGACGCGUACGAGCACAUGAGCCAGUACCUUGGCCUGGUUUACGGUACCGCCGGCAACCACGAGGCCAAUCCCACCAAUGCCUUUCCUCCAAAGUCCAUCAGCAACUCCUCGCAGUGGGUAUACGAUACGCUGUCUGACGAGUGGACGCGCUGGGUGGGCGUCGCGGCAGAAUCCCAGAUUCAAAGCAUUGGUGCCUAUUCGACCAGGUAUCCCAGCGGCAACCUGAGAAUCAUCUCUCUCAACACCAACUUCUACUAUCGCAUGAACUUUUGGCUGUACCAGGAGGAAGUUGAGCAGGACCCUGAUGGCCAGAUCCAGUGGCUCGUCAACGAGCUCGGCGCCGCAGAGAAGGCGGGCGAGAGGGUCUACAUCAUCGGCCACAUGCCCCCUGGCGAAGGCGACGCCUUCCACGCAGGCUCCAACUACAUCGACCAGGUCGUGAACCGUUACUCGUCGACCAUUGCCGCCAUGUUCUUCGGCCACACGCACGUCGACCACUUUGAGAUCAGCUACUCCGACUACAACAGCCGAGACGCUUCCCACGCCGUCAUGACGUCGUACAUCUGUCCCUCGCUGACGCCCACCUCGGGCAUGCCCUCGUUCCGCGUCUACGACGUCGACCCGGAGACGUUUGCCGUUCUCGACACCACGACCUACAUUGCCGACAUGGACGACGCCGCCUUCCAGACGACUGGCCCCGUGUGGAAGAAGUCCUACUCCGCCAAGGAGACGUACGGCGCCAAGCUGAACCCUCCCGUGACCGAUCCGAGCGCCGAACUGACGCCUGCGUUCUGGCACAACGUGACGGCCCUGUUCGAGUCAAGCCAGGACGUGUUCGACACGUACAUCUCGCUCAAGAGCCGCGGCUGGGACGUCGAGCCGUGCACCGGCGACUGCAAGACGCAGGAGCUCUGCAAGCUGAGGGCGGCGCGCAGCGAGAACAACUGCGUGGUUGUUUCGCCUGGUCUUCACCUGAGCAAGAGGUCGGAUGAGCUGCGUGGCCACGGCCAUGAUGGCCACCGAGAGCACAACCACGAGUGCGGCAUGUCGGCGGGGAUGAAGAUGCUCAGCUCGUUGGCCGUAAGGAAGGACUUGUUGGACGAGCUGGAGGGCAGGUUUAAUGAGCUGAAGGCCAGGGAUGCGACUCAGUGA